AUGAAGAGAAUCACCAGUUCUACUCUUUUCCUUUGGCCCUCCUUCUGGGAAUGUACUGCCUUCGAUUCGUAUUCUCGAAGGAAGUUUCCAUGCGUUUUAAUAUUUCUUCAUGUGAGACAUGCAGUCGAGAAGUGUGCGUGCUGUAAAGGGCAUUUUUCAUUCCUUGCAGAAGCGAAGCUGUGGAAGAUGCCGAGUGUGUGCCGUGGAGAAUGCCAUAUGCUCCCGAGCACCGUCGGGCUUCAGUAUGAUGACGAAGAACUCCGCGGAACAAGUGAAAAGUGCAAUGAACCGUUGCAUCUCGAUGGCAUAUGGAUAGGAUCAAGCGAAUGUAGAAGUAUGUAGUGGUGAGAAUAUGGCAAUUGUUCUCUUUCACUCUCUCUCGCUCGCUCGCUCGAACGAUGGCUGUAGACAGUAGUCAGUCGGGGGAAGAACAAAGUGGGGAAUGAUGUACACUGCCUGGCCCCACCCUCAUUUGGUUCUGAAAGUGCGGUUCAGCGUCCUUUAAUAAUUAUUCCCACGGGGAGUUGAACUUGUGAAAGUACGUCACUCUGGACUCUGGACCGUGAAUCGAUGAGAACAAGGCAACUGGAUGGAGGCU